AUGUUUGAUAUGCUUGGACUCCUUUGCCUGAUUUGGUGGUGUAUGAUGCUAUUUUAUCCCUUGCAUGCUGACAUCCAGUGUAUGGGGUCAGAGCCACAAGAAUCAUCUAUUACGAAUGUGAAAAUGAAUUGGAAAAAAAUGGAACUCUCCUGGGAGAGCAACAAGAAUUUCUCUAACUACAAAUGUACCAUCAUGAACAAGGCCAUGAAAUUUACAGACAUGGUGAAUAGUUCACUAUGCAGCUUUCCAGUGAAAGAAGACGUGCCUCUACACAAAGGAGUAUUCUUUAUCAUUGAAGUGACAAACACAAGUAUCUCAAAAAACUGCACCUUUCUCCCUGGAGGCAUGAAUGGGUCGGCCAUUGAAAACUUCUCCUGUGUGAUUUAUAACGUUUCCUUCAUGAACUGCACUUGGCAAGCGGGCAGGGAUGCUCCAGGAGAUACCCAAUAUUUUCUCUACUGGCAGAACUCGAAAUAUGCUGACGAGAUGGAAUGUGAGCUUUACAUUAAAGAUGAAACUGGCAGGAACACGGGAUGUAGAUUCCAAAAUGUGAAGAUAGAGACUGAAAAAGCUUACUUCCUGGUGAAUGGGUCUAGCAAAGACUCCCUGAUCCAGUUCUAUGAUGAGUACAUUGAACUGUAUGAAAUUGAAAUACUCACUCCUCCAUUAAAUAUCACUGUCAAUUGUACUAGAGAUACAACGGGUUGCAUAAUUACAUGGCAACCACCCCGCACAAGUCAUGUGGAAAACGCAAAGUGUUUUCAGUAUGAAAUCAGCAUACAAAAUAAG